CACAGGCGGCAUUUCACCCCUACGAUAUCGCAAUUGGAGGGGCACUGGAAAUGCCCCUCCUCACGACCGGACCUGUCUAGUCCAAGUACAUAGCUAGAAAAUGUGACUCCCAUGAUCCACGCAGGACUCUUGAGUCAUCUAGAAACAAUUCAUCCAUAUUGAAACCUUUAUUUAUUCAAUACACAGUCUAUCUUACUAUAAAGUGUACAAUUAUACACCUCUCAGUUGUACCCGUGAGCGAUUCAAAAAGGUCUUCCACCACUCGACUUCACUUUAUUCCUCACAGCAUUGUGACUUAGCCGCUAAGAAAGACCUGAGUUUCGUCACUUCGAUUCUAGCAUUCUUUUUUUAGAUUCACACCUUUUCAUACCGGUCAUGCCGACAGUUCACCUGCUCGACUAUGUCGCGGGCAACAUACGGUCCCUCGUCAAUGCGAUUGAGAAAACAGGCUACAGCGUAGAAUGGAUACGGUCACCCGAAGACGUAGCAAAAGCCGACAAGCUGAUCCUGCCGGGCGUAGGGCACUUCGGCCACUGUCUCAGCCAGCUUGCCUCCGCCGGCUAUCUUCCCGCCAUAAAAUCCCACAUAGAUGCCAACAAGCCGUUUAUGGCGAUAUGCGUAGGGUUACAAGCGCUCUUCGAGGGAUCCACGGAAACACCCGACGUUCCCGGCCUGGGAAUCAUUAAGGGGAAGCUGGAUCGGUUCGACGACACCAAUAAAGCCGUCCCACACAUCGGCUGGAACAGCGCCAACGCAUCGGGCAAGAGUUUAUACGGUCUGCGGCCAGAGAGCAAGUACUACUACGUUCACUCAUACAAAUACCCCUACGUAAAGGGGGAAUUGGAGAGCCAGGGCUGGACAGUCGCUACAGGUUCAUAUGGGGAGGAGACAUUCGUCGGCGCCGUGGCGAAAGGGAACAUACUGGCGACGCAAUUCCACCCCGAGAAGAGCGGUGUCGCUGGCUUGAAAUUAUUAAAGUCCUUCCUGACUGGCGAAGGCGAGAAGACGCUAGGACAAGAGGUAACGGGUCCCGCGCCGACAGGUGGUCUAACGCGGCGCGUCAUCGCGUGUCUCGACGUGCGGACGAACGACCAAGGCGACCUCGUCGUGACGAAAGGCGACCAAUAUGACGUGCGCGAAAAGGGCGACGACCGCAACGUGCGCAACCUCGGCAAGCCCGUGGAGAUGGCCAAGAAGUACUACGAGCAAGGCGCCGACGAAGUGACCUUCCUCAACAUCACGAGUUUCCGCGACUGUCCGCUCGCCGACCUCCCCAUGCUCGAGAUCCUGCGGCGCACCUCGGAGACCGUGUUCGUGCCGCUGACGAUUGGCGGCGGCAUCCGCGACACGGUGGACACGGACGGGACCAAGGUGAGCGCGCUGGAGAUUGCCACGAUGUACUUCAAGAGCGGCGCCGACAAGGUCUCCAUCGGGUCUGACGCCGUCCUCGCCGCAGAGGAGUACUAUUCCGGCGGGCGCAAGCUCUGGGGCAACACGGCCAUCGAGCAGAUCUCCAAGGCCUACGGCAACCAGGCCGUCGUGGUCAGCGUCGACCCCAAGCGCGUAUACGUGCCCAAGCUCGACGCAACGCGCCACAACACGAUACGCACGCGCGUCCCGGGCCCGAAAGGCGAGGAAUACUGCUGGUACGCCUGCACUAUCAAGGGCGGCCGCGAGACGCGCGACAUGGACGUCGUCGAGCUUGCCCAGGCCGUCGAGGCCAUGGGCGCUGGCGAGCUUCUUCUCAACUGCAUCGACCGCGACGGGACCAAUAGCGGGUUUGACCUCGAGCUCAUCAGCCAAGUCAAGGCCGCCGUGCGCAUACCCGUCAUCGCGUCCAGCGGCGCCGGCAACCCAGCCCACUUCGAGGAAGUCUUCAGGGAGACGACGACAGACGCCGCGCUUGGUGCAGGCAUGUUCCACAGAGGCGAGUACACUGUGCAACAGGUCAAAGACCAUCUUGCCACGACAGGAUUAGAGGUACGAAAGUACGAGGGUGAAUCAUAACCAUGAGAGAUCUAGGGCCAGUUUUCCUACUUCAAACUUUACAUGCUACAUCUAUACAGGCGUUGGUGAUUAAAAGGGGUCAGAUCACGUAGUGUAAGAGGCACUAUCUGGGAAGUAUUAGAGGACUUGCAUGU